ACCCACCAUGCAUCUCCAUCUCACCUCAGGGGGACCAAAAAGACGAAAAAUAGUAACUGACCUUUAGCAACACCCAAGAGGCCAUUUAUUCAGCUUCUCUUCUUCCUCUCCUUUCCAUCUCUCCUAAGGUCCCCAACAAUAACCUUCAUAAGGCCUAGAAGAUGCUAACAUCUAUGUCUGACCCCAUUGAAGCACAUCACAAACAAGAAGCUCUUGAUCUUGAGCAACGCAUAAGCAUUGCACCAUGUCUUCCAUGUCCAUCCGCUUUCUCUCAUCUCCCUUACCACGUCAGAAGAGCUCAGCUUCUCUCUCCCGGACAAAGGUGUAUGCAGCCACCUCCCCAACGGCUGCCCCACCUCCGCCAGGGGUGGAGGAGGCAGACGUGGCGAGGCUGGAGCCGAGGGUGGAGGAGAGAGAUGGGUAUUGGGUGCUGAAGGAGAAGUUCAGGCAGGGCAUAAAUCCUCAGGAGAAGGUGAAGAUUGAGAAAGAGCCGAUGAAGCUGUUCAUGGAGAAUGGAAUUGAAGAGCUUGCUAAGAUGUCAAUGGAAGAUGUCGACAAGGCUAAGGACACUAAGGAGGAUAUCGAUGUGAGGCUCAAGUGGCUUGGCUUGUUUCACAGGAGGAAGCAUCAAUAUGGUAGAUUCAUGAUGAGGCUGAAGCUGCCAAAUGGGGUGACAACAAGUGCACAAACUCGAUACUUGGCGAGCGUCAUCAGGAAAUAUGGAAAAGACGGGUGCGCGGAUGUGACCACCAGGCAGAACUGGCAGAUCAGAGGGGUGGUUUUGCCUGAUGUUCCGGAAAUACUCAAGGGCUUGGCUGAAGUUGGCUCGACCAGCCUCCAAAGUGGCAUGGACAAUGUGAGGAAUCCUGUUGGAAACCCCCUGGCAGGCAUCGAUCCUGACGAGAUAGUUGAUACACGGCCUUAUACUAAUCUACUGUCCCAAUUCAUCACCGGGAAUUUCCAUGGAAAUCCUGCCAUUACAAACUUGCCUCGGAAAUGGAAUGUCUGUGUGAUCGGUUCUCAUGAUCUUUAUGAGCAUCCUCACAUCAAUGACCUUGCCUACAUGCCUGCAACGAAGAAUGGACAAUUUGGAUUCAAUUUGCUGGUUGGUGGAUUCUUUAGCCCCAAGCGUUGUGAGGAGGCAAUUCCGCUCGAUGCCUGGGUCUCAGCAGAUGAUGUAAUCCCUGUGUGCAAAGCUGUUCUUGAGGCCUACAGGGAUCUUGGAACCAGAGGAAACAGGCAGAGGACAAGAAUGAUGUGGUUAAUUGAUGAACUGGGUAUUGAAGGAUUCAGGUCAGAGGUAGAAAAGAGAAUGCCCCACCAGAAACUAGAAAGAGCAUCCCCUGAGGACCUGGUUCACAAGCAAUGGGAGCGAAGGGAUUACCUAGGGGUCUAUCCUCAGAAGCAAGAAGGAUUUAGCUUUGUUGGACUUCACAUUCCAGUUGGUCGGGUCCAAGCAGAUGACAUGGACGAGCUAGCUCGGCUAGCUGACAAGUACGGAUCAGGUGAACUCCGGCUCACUGUGGAACAGAACAUCGUCAUUCCAAACGUCGAGAACUCAAGAAUUGAAACCUUGCUCAAUGAGCCUCUCUUGAAGAACAGAUUUUCCCCCAGUCCACCUCUUCUCAUGAAAGGACUUGUUGCAUGUACCGGCAACCAGUUCUGUGGUCAAGCCAUUAUUGAGACAAAGGCUAGGGCUCUAAAGGUGACUGAGGAAGUGGAAAGGCUUGUUUCCGUGACCAGACCCGUGAGGAUGCACUGGACUGGAUGUCCCAACAGUUGUGGACAAGUACAAGUAGCUGAUAUCGGGUUCAUGGGGUGCAUGACAAGGGAUGAGAAUGGGAAGACUUGUGAGGGGGUGAAUGUUUUCUUGGGUGGCAGAAUUGGGAGUGACUCGCACUUAGGAGAUGUUUAUAAGAAAGGUGUUCCUUGUAAAGAUGUGGUGCCUUUAGUUGUUGACAUACUGGUGAAACACUUCGGAGCUGUUCUCAGAGAGAGGGAAGAAGCCGAAGAUUGAUUGUAUCCUGUGUAGAGAUCGACAUGCUGUCCAUACAAGAAUUCCCGGUAGGAUGCUAAUAAUUGAAGGGAUUGCAAACUAUACUCAACAUGGGGGAGUACACUUGAUUUUCAGCGAGCUUUUAGCACAAGCAAUUGCCUAAUGAUUGGUAUCAAUAGUUGCCUCUUCUUUUGGAAAACCAUGUUUUGGGGGGAUGUUGGAACAAAAAGUGUGAUUUUUCCACUUUGAAUGAACUGUCAGGAAUGGGAAAGAUACGAGGGAUAUCCAGAUAA